AUGAAGAAACCUGGAGAUAACAACAAACACAUUUUUAAGCGGGAAAGUGACAGCUCAAAGAUAACCAAGUUGAUGCAAAACAUAUCUCCCCUUUUUUUUAUGAGUGAAUUUUUAUACAUUUUGUUUUUACGUUACAAUGAUUAUAUACUGAGUACCCGAUAUAAAGCAGAAAUAAGUGAAGACGUGAGGAAAAACAUAUACAACAUUUUAAUACUUCUGUACUUUUUAAAACCCUUUUUUGCAUUUUUAACGGAUAAUGUGUACUUUAACAUAAAUAAUGUAGUCUCCUUUCUGACGCGAAAGUUGUACGAGUUGGGAAAUUUUUUGCAGGAUUUUUUUUAUUACUGCACCAGAACAGUGUGUAAUGGGAAAUAUAUACUUUUUAAGAUAUUUUUUGGCAACAAAUAUAUGAAGGAUGGAGUUUCAUCGGGGUCCCAUUUUCUAAGAAAAGCAGGUCUGAGUAAGCACUCCUAUAUAGACAAUUUUGUGCAUUUGCCACUGAACAGGAAGUAUUAUAUCGUUUUAAGCGAAUUUAGCACCACGUUUUUGCUGCUAUGUAUAUAUUUUUUUAAUAACAAGAUGAACUGCUUUUCCUACCUGGCUGUUGUCUUUUUGGUUUCGAGUCAAAUGCUUCUAUCGUCUUGCGUUUUUGAAGGAAUCGUAGUCGAGCGAUGCAGAAGACAGAUACAUGUUGAGAAAAUCUUCUACAUAUCAUACGUGAUGUGUAUAAAGAUUUUCUGUUCCCUUAUCCUGUACUAUUUGUACAUUUUAAAAAUAAGCAUUUACCUAUUAAUUUUGAAAAGUUUCGCUAUCUUCAUCAUUUCUUGUCUCUGUAGCGAAGAAACGCUUUUGCUGAAUUCGAGCUUUAAGAUACAACGAAACAUAAUACAGAAAAGUGAGAAUGGAGGGGUUCAUGUGAAAAACACAGUGGACCUAUUUUCCCAAUUUGCACUUCUGAAGAAACUUCUGUUUAAGGAAAAUUUGUUCAAAAUACUCUUUCUUUUAAUUCUGUUCAAUUCGUCCAUUGAUACGAAGUUUUCAAUGUUACAGUACGGUGUGCAGAAUUACAGAUGGCCGCAUUCCCUGAUUAACUUUAUUCCCCUGGUGUCACAAUCCUCCAAGCUGAUAGGAAUCUCCAUCUUCCAACUGUACACAAACAAAAAAAGUUACAAAAGUUACGCCAUGAUAACGAUAUUGUUUAAUGUAAUGCUGAAGAUAAUUAGCUUUAUUUUUUUGUACUAUAAUAAGAGCACGUAUGUGAGCCCCUUUCUCUUCCUACUUAACAUAAUCAUUCAGAAUGUGUCCAUCAAAAUUUUAUCCCUCCCUAUACUACUCAUGUGUAUAGAAAGGGCGCCAUUAAAUUUGGAGUCCACCCUCCUCAAUAUCUACAUUUUUUGUUUUAAUUUGUCCAAUUUAAUUAGCAAAAGAUACUUCAUGUGGAAUCUCAUUUUACACAUGUCGAAGAAUGUUUUUAUAAUUCUACUCCUUUCCUUCUUAACGACGUGUAGCAGUUUACUCUACUACUUUAACCUAUCGUUAGAUUCGUUAAACAGCGUGAAUGCAUCGAUGUCGUGUUUGAAGGAAAAGGAAGAUAUCCAUUUGAAAUUGAGUAAAUAUGAAAAGAAAAAUUACACACCCCUUUCUGAUGAUUUGUUUGAUACAUGUGAGAAAAAAAAUUCUUCCAAAAAGUUUGUUCGCUUUAGAGAAGAAAACAUAAAAGCGGAAAAAUGCAAAAAGGAGCCAAACAAGAGUAAAUCCAAUUUGUUUAGAAUCGCGCCAGAUUACAGCUCCGAUAGUGAUGACAAUCAGUGGCUCAUAGUUGACAAUUUGAAGGUAAGGGAACGAAAGGAAAAAGUACGGACAAAAGAACCCCUUGAACAUUUCAAAUAUGAUGUUGUAAGGAUAAGAAGAAAGGAGAAAACAAUAAAGAGAAAGGGAAGGCCACUUUUUUGCAUACAAAACUGUAAUAAUUCACAUUUGAAAUAUGCCAGAAGAGCCAAGGAUGCGGACUGUACGCAGAACGUGAACAAAUAUUUUGUAUUAUAUAUGUGUUCUUCCCAUAUGGAUGUAAGCCCCUCCGUUCGUCCUCAUAACAAAAUGUACGAGAUUUACUACCUAAAUGAACAGGAAGAAUUCGAAAAGUCGAAAGAAAAGGGUGAAAUUCACAGUUCCCUGAUUUUGAAAAACCGUUGUGUUAAUGUGGAGAAAAAAAAAAAGUUGAUUGAGGAAAAUGCUUACGAGGGGGGAUACACCAUCUGGGAAUGCACAUGGGAAAUGCUGAAAUUUCUACACAAAGAGGGGAUCGACUUUAGGAGUAAGAAUGUCCUAGAGCUAGGCUGUGGACACGGUCUUGUUGGUAUUAAGGUCCUCAUGGACGAAGGAAACGUCGUCUUCCAGGAGCUGAACAAAGAAGUGAUCAACGACGUGCUGCUACCCAACAUAAGAAAAAACUUGAACAUAAAAACGAAGAAAAAAAAACUCAAGGAUAAAAAAAAGUGCAUGAAAAUAAAAAGCCAAAAAUACAAUUGCACCGUUAUCAAUAAACCCUGGAACAAGCUGAAUAAAAAAAUUAAGAAGAAAAAAUUAAACCCAUUUGAAUUUAUCAUAGGAAAUGAAAUAUUAUAUAGAAAGAAGAAUUAUUAUCACAUUUUAAAAAUUCUUAAGCAGAACAUGGCUAAUAAUGGAAAGGCGUACUUCGGCACCAAGUCCUAUUACUUCGGCUUUGAAGACGAGGGGGUUGGUACGAACAGCUUCGUUGACUAUGUAAAUAACAACAAGCGCUUCAACUUUCGCGCUCGGGUUGUUCAGACCAAUUCAGACAAGUCCGUGUAUUCCAAGGACAUCAUAGAGGUGACCUUCGCUGACAUGGGCCAGUUGCCUUGCGAGGUGAAAGAGAUGUAUCUGGAGGUCCAGUGA